AUGGGGUUCCACAUCCAAGCCUACAUCGCCAUGAUGGGCAGGGGCAUAAACCCCAAAACCUGGAAGAAAAUGUGCAUCAACUACAAGAACAAGCAAAUCAUAGAUGUGUAUAAUGCAGCUGCGCAGUUCACAAAUAAUCAAAUAGCCCAAGUCGCGAGGGUGUACCAGUACAGAUAUUGGUGGUGGGCCAACCCCUUCGGCAUGGGACUCAUUUUCUACCUAGGGUACAAGGCAUGGUAUAUGGUGUACAUGAACCAUAAGCAGAGGAAAGUGGCCCAGGUUGUUGCGUCGGCGUAUGGCCAAGGUGGACAGUGGCUCAACCCCGUCCCGAAAUGA